AUGCAUAUAUGGAAUAUCAGCUUUUCAUUGACACUGUACACCUCUACUUCUUUCCUUGUAGUUUGUACUCAAGAAUCUUUUAAUUUAAUGUCUACUGUAGAUGACGAUCAGCCCGAUGAGUGGGACCAAAGAAUAAUCAAUACUGGAUGCCACGAGGAAAAUCUCAAGUUGCAGCUCUGCCAUGCAGAUACAGGGGACUGGAGAAAGUGCCUUGAAGAAAUGGCGGCAUUCAGGAAAUGCUGGGAAGUGAAUAACAACAACGAGAGGACCAAAACAGUAAAUAACGAGGAGAAAUGGAAAUGA